CAGAAAGAGUCUCCCAGAGAACAGCAGUCCAUACUAAGAGGAUUUUGUAGACUACAGUUUGCAGGUAGUUACUACUAUCUGCAUUUUAUAUGGUGAGAAACACUGGCUCCAGGGGUGCAUCGUCUGCUCAAUGACACUAGAGCUCCAGGACCACCCCAGACCCAGAGCAGCGGGAAUAAGAGCUGCUCCUGGUGCUGGGAGGCAGCAGAGCCACUGCUCCGCUCAAGAGUCCCUGCGACUUCCACAGCGCCAUCGCCUGACGCCAACGCUGCCACAGCUGCCACCACCUGGGCUCCAAGCCACCUGCUUCCAGAGAAGCAUCAUGGGCUUCUGGAAGUUCUCUCCUUUCCUGGUUCUCAGCAUCCUGGCCCUGUACCAGGUGGGCGUCCUCCAGGCGGCACCAUUCAGGUCUGCUCUGGAGAGUCCUACAGACCCUGAUGUGCGCAACGAGGAGGAAAUGCGACUCCUGCUGGCUGCAGUGAUGAAGGAGUAUGUGCAGAUGCAGAUGAAGGCCCAGGAGCUGCCCCAGGAGCAGGAGACUGAGGGCUCCAGAGUCACCGUCCAGAAGAGAUCCUGCAGCUCUGCCACCUGUGUGGCCCACUGGCUGGGAGGCUUGCUGAGCAGAGCCGGAAGUGUGGCAAACACCAACCUGCUACCUACCAGCAUGGGAUUCAAAGUCUACAAUCGCCAUGGCAGGGAGCUUAGGGCUUAAGCAGUGGAAGUGCUCCCGGAAGAAGGUCACCAUGAAGCGAACUCUAUUUCCUUUAAUUUAAAAUGAAUGCAACUCAUAGGAUAAGGAGCAUGGAAAACACACACAUCUGCAUGCUUAAUAUUAAAAACAUUCUUGUCUGAAAUAAAUUAAAUCUAAAUAAAAAAAAUAAAAUUAUUGCAAUUA